AUUUUCAUCCACAAAAAUUAAAUGUUUAGAAAUAAUGUGGGUCCAAUAUCCUGAAAUGUCUAGAACUUCGCGCCUUUAAGCUUCACCAUCACCGAGCCGCUUAGGUCGGUUUUCAUCUCUCCCUCCAAAUUCCACCUUAUAAUCCUCAUUUAAUCCCACCUCUUCAACCCUUUAUUCAAAAUUCCCCCUAAAAAUAUUUAGGCAAGAUUUAGGGUUCAUCAAUUCCUCAUUGAAAAACCCACCUAAUUUUGAUCAUAAUUGAAGAAUUAAAGUGGAAACUGAAAUAAAAUGAAUGAGUUCAAGAAAAUCUGUGCUGAUUGCAAAACCACAAGAACUCCACUGUGGAGAAGUGGUCCUCAUGGUCCUAGGUCACUCUGUAAUGCUUGUGGAAUCAAAUACAGGAAGAAGAAGAUGGCUGAUGACGAACAACACCAACACCAACAACAAAGACAACCCAGUUCAGAAACCAGGAGAGAGAAACAAUCAAGCAGCAGAAGUGGUGAUUAUGAUGAAAAUCGAGUGAAUGAUCAGGUCUUGAAAAGGGGUUAUAGUAAUAUGGGAAACAGGAUAUUUGCUCAACGAUCAUCUUUGUCGUCUUCUUCGUCUUCGUCUUCACAGUUGAAGAAACAGAGAAGUAGCAGUGAAGAGAGUAGUAUCACCAUCAAUAGUAAGAGAAGUUUGGGGGAGGUGGAGCAAGCUGCUGUAUUGCUCAUGUCUUUGUCUUGUGGUUCUUGUUUUGCUUAAUUAAUUGUCAAAUGAUCAAAUUACACGAUCAAAAUGACUUAGUUAUAUAGGAAUUAUUACUAUGUUUGUUGGUUGUUGGGUUUUGUUUGAUGUGGGAGGGGAUUUAGUGAAGAAUGUUUAGGCAAAAUGAUAGUGACAAAAGGUGCUAAUUAUUUGUGGCUUUUAAAUGCUAAACUUAAUUGUAACCUUUUUGUGCAUAUAUAAUGUUGAUAAAUGUAGUUUAAUUCCUUUAUGUAA